AUGGCAGCCAUCUACAUGGUCGGUGGGCCCUCGGGCGCCGGCAAGGACACGUUGCUCCUCGCCGCCCGAGCCGAGCUCCGGAAACGCGACGACGGGGGUGGCGUCGCCUUCGUGAAGCGCAGGAUCACGCGCCCCGCCGCCAAGUGUACGGACCUGGAGACCCCCGUCACGGAGGCGGCGAUGGACGCUGGCCAAGCUAAGGGAGAGCACGCCUUUUACUGGGAAGCGCACGACACGAAGUACGCGAUCCCGAGGCAGGACCUCGACGCGGCCCUCGCCGCGGGCAAACGAGCCGUGCUCAACGUGAGCCGCGGCGUCGUCGCCGACUGCGUGGCACGGUAUGAAUCCUCGAGAUGUGAGGUCUACUUCCUCAACGUCAGCGCCUCGGCGUCCGUGCUCACGCAGAGGUUGUUGAAACGGGGGCGGGAGCCGCCGGAAGAAGUGGAAAAGCGGGUCGCUCGAGCGAAACUUGCCGAACCCAAUGGAGCCCACGUGAUCCACAUAAUCAACGAAGGGAGUACGGAGGCCGGUUGCAAGUUGGUCACGGGCGCGCUUCUCGGAGCAUUAAAAUACUCGCUUUGGCUGACUCCUGCGCCAGACUCGACAUCGCAUAAACUGGCCAGCGACAUCAUUACUGCGCAAUCGGCAGCCCUACGAGACGACCGGCGUGGUUUUCAGCCGCACGUAACGUUGUGCCGGUCUUUCACGUGCAGCCAACGCGACGCGAUAUCGGCUGCGCAAGCCGUUGCGACGGCUCUGAGUGCUCACGGUUCGGUUGCGUGCGAGUUCCAUGGGGAGAUCGGAACGUCGACGUCCAAGUGGUCCCGGGCGUUGGUGCUGGAGCUCGCUGGCACGAGCCUGUUCGCAGCGAAUCGUUUGGCGAUCGAAGCGCUACGCGCAUGCUGCCUCGACGUUUCUCGUCCAGGCGAAGCGCUUGCAGCGUACCGGCCGCACCUCUCUCUCGCUUACGGAGACUGUGCUCAAGCGACCUUAUCGCAGGCAAAGCUUGAGGUCGAGCGGGCGUUGGCGAAGCAUUCAAAGGGGUGGUGCCGAGACGAGGCCGUGCCGUUGACACACCUAAAGCUCGUGAUGACAUCCAGUGACGCGUUCUGGUGCUGGCAAGAGGUGGCCACCGUACGGCUCGCCACGACAGACCCAAGUGUCCCUUACCUAUGGAAGAGGGCGUGUCUGUUCGGCGUGGCACUUGCGCUGGCAGCUAAAAUCGUGGUGGGUCGUAUAGCGCGCUAACAGUUGCGAUCAAAAUCUUGUUCAUUUCUUUUACCUUUUUAAAAAGGAUUCGCGUAGCGAGUUGUCGGGAAGUAGGUAGGGCAAAAGUAAGAUCAGGCUCAGGCUAGUUACGUCGCAGGGUUCCCCGUACCCCUCCCGCUCCCCCCGGGCCCACCCGUCCGGCUGGACUAGGACGCAAGGGCUGAGUCGCAUGGACUCGCACGCCCCCCGCGCAAAACUAGUGCCUUUGAUACGCUACCUAGGUAGCACUCCAGGGCGCUCACGAUCGAGGACCGUAUUAUCGCUGCCCACUUGGUACAGGAGCCUGUACCACCAUAGAUCUCUCGAAACAGCGAGCUGUGCGAGCGUGCGAGUCGCUUUCCCAGUGAACAACACCAUGGCCGAGAAGCGCCGCCCGUCGACAAAUCCUUCAGGCGCAAUACAACUGCACCCGCGCAUGUGGGGUCGCAUCUUCGAGUCCGUCGACGACAGUCUCGACGACCUCGCGCGGGUCAAGGCGGCGGGCUGCGUCCUGGUCUGCUGCAAGGACCUCAAGAGGAUUCUCGCGGCCGGCGGCGCCGAGCUUUGGCUACCUCUCAUUGAGUCCGUCGUCCCGGUUGCGCCCUGCGUCGGGAGAAGUUAUGCCGGUCCUAUGAAGCCUUGGCUGCCGCUGGCCGCGCUGUCCACGAAUUGCCUGCAUUGCCGCGACAGGGUGGUGACGUCCUUGGACCCUUUUUACGGGGUACGCGCUUGCGACGCCUGCUCCCGGUGGGGUGACUGGAUGAUCUCAGAGCGGGAUGCUAAGGCCGAGUAUCUGGUCACGGACGAGGAUCUCCGCAAGUGCCCCGGCAGACGUGGGGCGGGCCCGUGGAGGUACUACGUGGAACGCCACGUAAACCUGGCCUCCGCGAGGCGCUUUGGCGCCCGCCGCACCUUCGACAGGGCGAAAAUCAUCCGUAGCCUCCGAAUAUACGGUGGCGCAAGCGCAGCUCGGAUAGCCGAGGAAUAUUUGGAGUCUAGCCCGGAGUAUUGCCAGGAACUGCUCGAUGCUCUCGUGCGAGGCAAAUGCCUCAGGAAAGAGACCGCCCUCGGAAAGCCCAAUUAUAAGCUGAUGUGCGCGCUGACCGCCGCGACCGUCAAGGCCCUCCGCGCGGCGAAGAAGGCCCUGGACGAGGGCAGGAUGGGCGAGGAGGACUACAAGGCGACCAAGGCCGGGCUGCUGUAUCCGCCUAUCUACGCCGUGGCACCUUCCUGCAACAGUGGUCCUACAGGAGCCCAUGCGUACUAUGACGAACACACCGGAAGGUGGGUGCCGCAUGAAGCGCAUCUAGUUUGUGACAUGCGCGUCGGCCAGGUGACUAGGCGGCCUAGCUCCGAGUAA